AUGACUUCAUUUAUAACCUACGACAUCGACCCUCGCGGCGAUAUUGACUUUAUCUUGAAUUCUCCAAACAAACAGAAAAUCGUGCCAAUCAUCAAAUACAAAGAGGAUGAGAACUACCGUUUUGACGGCGACAGCGAUCAUGUUUUCGAAAACCCGUCCCUUGUUGGAAGGUACGCCGUCUUCAACAUUGAAGAAGAAGAUGGUCAGGAAACAUACAUCGACAACCCUAAGAACUUUGUCCGGAUGCGCGUCUCCUCCCGACACCUGAUACUCGCCUCUCGUACAUUCCGCACCAUGCUGGAGGGGCCAUGGAAGGAGUGUCUCGCUGUGGCCUCUAAAAAUCAGUCUGGCCCUGUUCUAAUCGAGACCUCUGACUGGGACGCUGCUGCUCUGGCAAUUGUCUUGGAUGCCAUUCACGGGCGUUAUCAGGACAUUCCGAAGCAUGUCGGUAUUGGACUGAUGACCCGAAUCGCUACCAUAGUCGACUACUACGAAUGCCACGAAUGCCUCCAGCUUAUAAGUGACAUAUGGAUGGCCGAUAUUUGGGGGAAAAACGAAGUUCCUGAUACCUUUUGUAAGAGCAGCCUUUUAUGGCUAUAUACCUCUUGGGUGUUUUCGAGGCCGAAUAUCAUGGAUCUCAUGUCAAGGGUCCUUCUGCAAGACACCCUGGAUCCCUCACACAUUAAUCUGAAGGACCUCCCUCUUGGUCAAAUUCUAGGUUUGAUAUCCCAAUACAGGCUCAUCAUGACUAUAGCGCUGACGCAAGACAGAAAAAAUUGGUAA